CAAGGAAACGAAGCAUCACCAGCUUUUGCUCCUGCGGAGGGCUCCCGACGGUGGUCGUGGGAGCGAAACUCGUUAGAAACGUUGCAAAUUAGUAGUAAACAGGCCCUCGCCCCUUAAGGGGAAGCUGCGGUCAAAGUCUUCUUUCCGCCCCUCCCAGCUGCGCUCUCCACACUCCGCAGCGCUGGGAGCGAGCGCGUUGCCUCUCAUCUCCCCGCUGCGCUCUCUGCUGCGCUUUCCUUCGAGGUCGCACCUCUUCCUGGAGAGGAUGGGAGCCUCUUCUCGGAGGAGCCCGCAGCCUCUCGGGCCGCCGGCGCCCCCUCUCUCCCGCUCCGGAGGAGCCCUCCUCGCGGUUCUGCUGCUGCUCAAGCUGCCGGCGGCCUGGGGUAAUUGCAAAGCCCCGGCACAGCUCCCGUUUGCCAGGCCUACAGAACCGAUUGAGAAGUUUGAGUUUCCCAUUGGGGCAUCUUUGAACUACAUAUGCCGCCCUGGUUACUACAAGAAACAGUUCCGUAUCACCUGCCAAGAGAACUUGACCUGGUCAAGUGCUGAACACAAAUGUGAACGUAAAUCAUGUGGAACUCCUCCAGAACUCAUAAAUGGCAGAAUGACCAUAAACGGAGACACCAAGUUUGGAUCAACUGUUAAUUAUGCUUGUAAUGAAGGAUACCGACUCAUUGGUCAGCCCUCUAGCACGUGCCUCAUCUCGGGUAAUACUGUCGUCUGGGAUAACAACCCACCUACUUGUGAAAGAAUUCCUUGUGGGCCGCCCCCAAACAUUGCCAAUGGAAGUUUCACUAGCAUCAACAGAGAAUAUUUUCCAUACGGGACGGUGGUGACCUAUCGCUGCAAUUCUGGACAGAGAGGGAAAAAGCCGUUUGAGCUUGUGGGCCAGCCGUCAAUAUAUUGCACCAGCAAAGACAACCGCGUCGGCACAUGGAGCGGCCCUCCCCCUCAGUGCAUUAUACCUAAUAAAUGCACACCUCCGGAAAUUGAAAAUGCAGUAAUAGUAUCUGAGCGCAAAACCUUAUAUUCCUUAAAUGAAAUCGUGGUGUUUAUGUGUGAGUCCGGCUUUGACAUGAAAGGACCCUCCAGUGUGAAAUGCCAACCUCGAAACAGAUGGGAGCCACAGCUGCCAAGCUGCUCUAGGCUAUGUGCGCCGCCUCCAGAAAUUCCGCAUGGUAAGCCCACCCCAAGCGACAAGGACAGUUUUUCCCCUGGGCAGGAAGUAUUCUACAGUUGUGAGCCUGGCUAUGAUCUCAGAGGGACUGCUUCUGUGCGCUGUACGCCCCAGGGAAACUGGAGCCCAGCAGCCCCUACAUGUGCAGUGAAAUCAUGUGAUGACUUCCUGGACCAACUCCCUAACGGUCGUGUGCUCUUUCCACUUAAUUUCCAGCUUGGGGCAAAAGUGUCCUUCAUUUGCAAUGAGGGGUUCCGUUUAAAGGGAAGUUCUGCUAGUUACUGUACCUUGGUUGAAAUGAAAAGCCUUUGGAACAACAGUGUUCCUGUGUGUGAGCAAAUCUUUUGUCCAAGCCCUCCAUCUAUCCUUAAUGGGAGCCACACCAGAACUCCUCAGGGAGACGUUCCCUAUGGAGAGGAAAUUACUUAUAUGUGUGACCCCAGCUCGGCCAGAGGGAUGACCUUCAACCUCGUCGGGGAGAGCACCAUCCGCUGCACAAGUGACGGUGAAGGGAAUGGGAUUUGGAGCGGCCCUGCCCCUUCCUGUGAACCUGCUGGUCCUGCUGGUUACUGUAAAGCCCCAAAACAGUUUCCAUUUGCCAAGCCUACAACUCAGACUGAUGAAUCUGAGUUUCCAGUUGGGACAUCUUUGACUUUUAAAUGUUCCCCUGGGUAUUUUGAGUCUACGUUUUCUAUCACCUGCUUGGAAAACUUGGUCUGGUCCAGUGCCGAAGAUACGUGUAGACGAAAAUCAUGUGGAGCUCCUCCAGAACCCUUCAAUGGCAUGGUACAUAUAAACACAGACACCCAGUUUGGAUCAACAGUGAAUUAUUCUUGUAAUGAAGGGUAUCGACUCGUUGGCUCCCCUUCUGCAGCUUGCCACCUCUCAGGCAAUACUGUCACUUGGGAUAAGGAAACACCUAUUUGUAAGAAAAUCUUUUGUCCAAGUCCUCCAUCUAUCCCUAAUGGGAACCACCCCAGAACUUCUCAGGGAGACGUUCCCUAUGGAGAGGAAGUUACUUACAUGUGUGAACCCCGCUCAGCCAGAGGGAUGACCUUCAACCUCGUCGGGGAGAGCACCAUUCGCUGCACAAGCGACGGUGAAGGGAACGGGAUUUGGAGCGGCCCUGCCCCUUACUGUGAACUUGCUGGUCCUGCUGCAUGCCCACAUCCACCCAGGAUCCACAAUGGGCAUUACAUUGGAGGACAUCCAUUUCCAUAUCUUCCUGGGAUGACGGUCAGCUACACUUGUGACCCAGGCUACUUGUUGGUGGGAAGGAACUUCAUCUUCUGCACAUACCUGGGAACCUGGAGCCAUUUUGAACAUUACUGCAGAGAGGCAAAAUGUAGACUCCCAGCGCAUAUGAAUGGAAUCCGGAAGGACGUGGAAAUGAGAAAAGUCUAUCACCAUGGAGAUAAUGUAACUUUUGAGUGUGAAGAAGGGUAUACUCUGAAAGGUAGUCCCCAGAGCCAGUGCCAGGCAGAUAACACAUGGGACCCUCCUCUGGCCAUAUGUGCAUCUAGCACACACGAUGCUCUCAUAGCUGGCAUUUUCUUUGGCACGAUCUUCUUUCUUUUACUCAUCAUCGUGGCCGGUUGGAUAAUUGUGAAGCACAAACAAGGCAAAACUACAGAUGAAAAAUGUAAGGAGAGUAUCCAUUUACACCCUCAAGAAGACAGCGGUGUAAGUCCUCAAACUGUGCAAACAAAUCAGGAGAACAGCAGUGUCCUACCUUGACAAAGUAUAUAAAGCUGGAGAACACCUCGAAUUAAAAUGUUGGUCGGGAAGGAAGCGAUUCAUUUCAACAGAAUAAGAUGUGAAACGCAUAAAAUCUCAACUGGAAGUGACCUCACAGAGAUGCAAGUAUGUGCACUUGAAGAUGCCGAAGUGCCCCCGGAAUCUAGGAAAAGCUCCCUCCUCUUAGUUUGGAUUACUGUCACUCCUUCACCCUCUGUCCUUGUGCUCAAAGCACACACCAUCCAUUUAGGGGAAAAGACUGCCCUUGGGCUAUAUAAAUAGCCUCACUUACUUAAAGGACAAAGGGGUUGCCUAGGAUCUUGGUUUACCAGUUUGUAUUUUCCUUUCUUAUUUUCAAAUGUCCUACUACGGAAUGGGCUUAUUAACGAGAAUUUGAAAAUCCAAAGGGAAGAUGUGAAAAACAAAUAAGUCACAGAGAAUUACACUACUCUGUGAAACCGCUGGUAAUAUUUUGAUUUUUCUGCUAACCUUUGAUUUUUUGCUAACCUUUGUUCAUGUAUGUUUCUUUAUACACAAGUCUUACUUAAAUAGUUAGGUUUUCUGUUAUAGAGCAAAAUCUCCUCCUAUUAGACUGAGUAAAAUAUAGCUAUAUCAGUUUUUACUUUCCUUAGAAAAAAGGAUAUUUCUGUUUAUUAAAAAUACAUUAAAUGUUUCUGGAGAAGAGGUUUUCAAGAGAAAUAUCUGAAACAAUGAGUUUUGGAUAUUCCUAAGUUGAUUUUCAAAAGCACUUUUACUCUAUUCUUUACCAAAACAUAAGUAUUUUAAAUAAAAGAAUAAUUUUAUUAUAAAA